ACGGUGACCGAGGCCGCAGGGAUGGCCGGCGAGCGAGCUGCCGGCCGGGAGAGAGGGCGAGGAGGAGCGGGAGGCGCGGCCGACUUCGUGGCUGUGCUUCCCCCGGAGGUCAGCUCCCGGAUUUUCAGCGACCUGGGCGUUGAGAGCCUGUGUCACGCGUCCAUGACGUGCAAGGGCUGGCACCACAUCAUCGAGAGCAACGAGGGCUUGUGGCGGCGCCACUGCCUCAGCGUCAGGGCCCUCUGCCAGCGGGAGAUCGACGGCGACCGCGGGAGCGGCUACUCCUGGAAGAUCACAUUACUGAGAAACUACUGGAAAAGCAAAGUGAAGCAAGAAUGGCUGAGUGGGAAAUACAGCAACAUUCCCUCACAAAAAAGCUUGCCAGAGAAAAGCAUGUAUCCAAUGGAUGUCGAAACAUGGGGCGAAAUCCUGCAAGCUGAACUGGAGAGAUGAGGAACCAGUGCUGACCCUUGCAACUCAAGAACUUUCUAACAAUAACUCUCAGAGUACCAAGCUGCAAAUACUUUGCCAUUCAAAAUCCCUUGUGUUUGCAAAUAUGCUGAAAGCUUCUCAAAGAAAAAAAGUUACUUUUUAAAAACAAUUAUUUAUUAUUUGCACUUUAAUUAUCUGUAAAAUUCCAAAUAAGACUAAAGAUUCA